CCGCGUCGUCUGGCCGCCGCCGACCCCAGGCGGGGCCACCCCGUGGUGCCGACCCCGGGCGCCGGCCUGGAUCCCGCUGCCCGCGAUGGUCCCGGGGGGCCGGCCCUGAGCCCCGCGCGGGAUUCGGGGCGCUGCCUCCCGCCCCGGCCCCCGCCGGAGAGUCUCCACCAACUUCUGCUCGGCCGCUCCUCUCGGCCCCUUCCCUUGGCCCAGGGCGACCUCGGCAGCCCAGACGGCGUGGACCCUCCGGAGUGCCCAGAAAGCCCCCGGGGUGGCCCUGCGCCUCCCGGUUCUUUCUGGAUGGAGGCGCCUCCGGAAGGAGCCGGCUGCACGCCGUGGCCUUCACCUCGCAGCCUCUGCUGACCACACCUCCCUAGCGCAGAGGCUGCCCCGGGCGCAGGAAAUGCUCCACCAGCACAGCCGACUCCCGGGAAUUGGGGUCUGACCGUCAGGAUGGAAGUGGGGUCAGCCACCGAGACCUUCGUGCUGGAACUUCGAUGUCUUGAGGAUGGGGGCCCAGGGCCUGACACCCUCUCAGCCAGAGGGCCUCCACCAUCCUCCCACCUCGCCCCAGCUCCUGAGUCAAUCUCCACUCAAUUUCCCGGAUCCGAUUCGGGUGGCAGCGGUGGGAGCGAGAGUCAGGAGGAGGAAGAGCCUCAGGAGGGGAGCAGCAGUCCACAGCGGCCAGCAGUCUCGGCCCCAGUGGGGGCCAGUGAAAUCACUGAGGAAACCCGGCCGGGACAACGGGAGUUGCAACUGCAGCAGUUAGAACAGCAGCCCGAGCUGCAGCAACAGCCGCAGCCACACCUAGAACUGCAACAGCAGCCGCAGCAAGAUGGGCAACAACAGCUAUCUCAACUACAACAGGAAAAACACCAAUCCAUGCACCAUCAGGAACUGAAACCAGAACUGCAGCUAAUGCACCAGCAGCAACAGUUACAGCCACAGCAAGUGCAAGAGCAACAGCUGUUGCAGCAGCAGGAACAGCUACAGCAGCAAGUGCAAGAGCAACAGCUGUUACAGCAACAGCAGGAACAGUUACAACAGCAGCAGCUGCUACAACAGCAGGAACAAUUACAGCAGCAACAGUUUCAACAGCAGCAGGAACAGUUACAGCAGCAGCAGCUACUGUUGCUGCAGCAGCAGGAACAGUUACAGCAGCAACUGUUGCAGCAGCAGCAGGCACAGUUACAACAGCAGCUGCUGGAACAGCAGCAGGCACAGUUACAGCAGCAGUUACUGCUGCAGCAGCAGGAACAGUUACAGCAGCAGCAGCAACAGCAGCUGUUGCAACAGCAGCAGGAACAAUUGCAACAGCAACAACUGCGGCCUCCUCCCCUGGAGCCCGAGGAGGAGGAAGAGGUGGAGCUGGAGCUCAUGCCGGUGGACCUGGGGUCAGAGCAGGAGCUGGAGCAGCAGCGGCAGGAGUUGGAGCGGCAGCAGGAGCUGGAACGGCAGCAGGAGCAGCGGCAGCUGCAGCUCAAACUGCAGGAGGAGCUGCAGCAGCUGGAGCAACAGCUGGAGCAGCAGCAGCAGCUGGAGCAGCAGGAGGUGCAGCUGGAGCUGACCCCGGUGGAGCUAGGCGCCCAGCAGCAGGAGUUGCAGCUGGAGCUGACCCCAGUGCAGCCGGAGCUGCAGCUGGAACUGGUGCCAGCUGCAGGGGGCGGCGGAGCAGCGGUCCCCGGGGCUCCGGCCGCGGUCGUGGUGGCUCCCCCGGGCUACGUGGUGGUGCAGGAGCUCAUGGUGCUGCCCGCUGUGGCAGCACCGGCCGUGGUGGCCAUCCCGGGCCCGGCAGGCAGCGCGGCGUUGACCCCUGCACGGCAGCGGCGGCGACGGCGCGCUCGGGACCGACCGACCAUCUGCGGGGAGUGCGGCAAGGGCUUCAGCCGCAGCACGGACCUGGUGCGCCACCAGGCCACGCACACGGGUGAGCGGCCACACCGCUGCGGCGAGUGCGGCAAGGGCUUCUCGCAGCACUCGAAUCUGGUGACGCACCAACGCAUCCACACGGGCGAGAAACCCUACGCCUGCUCCUACUGCGCCAAGCGCUUCAGCGAGAGCUCGGCGCUCGUGCAGCACCAGCGCACGCACACCGGGGAGCGACCCUACGCCUGCGGGGACUGUGGCAAGCGCUUCAGCGUCUCCUCCAACCUGCUGCGCCACCGGCGCACGCACUCGGGCGAGCGGCCCUACGUGUGCGAGGACUGCGGCGAGCGCUUCCGACACAAGGUGCAGAUACGCCGCCACGAGCGCCAGCUGCAUGGCGCGGGCCGCUCCAGGGGCCUCGGCCUGCUGCGCGCCUCGCGGCCCGCGGCCCUCGGUGGCCCAGCCCGCGCGGAGCAGGCCGCUACGGCCACUGCGCCCGCAGACAAGGCGCUGUGAGGGCCGUGAUCGGGGCUGCCUGGCUGGGAGGGGACCCCCCACCCGCCUCCACCUGAAAAGCUCCUUGACCCGGGUUCAUGGGCGCUGGAGGCAUCCUGGAAUAUCCCUGGAGUAAAAGGCUUCCACCAUCAUCAUCAUCAUCUCCCGGAUUCCCUGAGAAAAUACCAGGUUCACAGAUUCACCGCUAGAAAAAACCAUCCGCCAGAAGAGAAGUGGGCUGGGGCUGAAACAGCACCCGGGACACGUUUGUCUGCCCUUUGAGGGGUCUGCCAAAAAUUUUCCCUCCGGGCAAACUGGACUUACUACGAACGCGGAAAAACUCCCAGUGGCGAGACGAUUAACGACACUGGCCGAGGACUGGACACCCACCAGGGAAUCAGACGUGGUAAGACACACAUGGAAAAGCUUCGAUCCUGGUGAAAAUGAUCCCAAGGAGAAAUUCAGGGAGGAAGCAAACUUGUUUGCACUAUGUAGAAACUGACUAAGGCAUCGAAUCGUCCUCAGAGGCAUUUGCCUUGAAAAUACUUUCCAAGAUGAAAAUUUAUCAGGGUGGGUAUAAUUCUGAUGAAAACACCUGUGUUCAUCAACACAGGGUCAGAGCGCCCACGGGGUCAAUGUGCAAAUCCAAGCCAGGAAGUCCUGCUCCGGGUGGAAGGUAAAACCUUCCCUUCAGGGAACCAGGGGCUCCGGCGGGCAUUGGAGGCAGGUUCUUGGCCUCUGCUGCCAUGUCCCCCAGUCCCCCCAGCCCGCAUUAAUGUCCUCUGGAAUAAGAGCCUGUGGCUGAAGCAGAGGGCCUUCUGGGAGAGCUCUCCAAGGUAUGGAAGGAGGGUCCCCCAGAAGGAGCUCCAGGGUAGCCCCACUGUGGCCCCCCUGGGCUCCACCAGCUUCAUGCUUCUCAGAUGCUACCCAGGGGCCGGCACAGGGAGACCGGGGCAGAUUUCUCCUGCACCAGGCUAUGGAGGUUUGGAGGGCUGCCUGAGCAGACCCUGUGCCAUGGCUGGGGCUGGGGAAAGAAUAUCUGAGAAAAGGUUUGGGAGCAGUGCUCUUUACUACGUUUACCAAAUCGUCUGGGGCAGGGGCCGUGAGCCGCAGCAGUUGCUGGUGCCUUGUGGGAAGGUGGGGCAGGGAGGAGGCUGCCCACCACCUCUGCCCCCAGUCACUUCCUGCUUGACCUGACUCUUCACAUGUGGCUGCUUAAUUCCUGCCCCCUCCCCCCAGCUGCUUCUCCUUUACUAACACACCUGCUACAUUUUACACAUGUGUUGGUAAGUGAGAAACAGAAAUGAAAAAUAAAUUAAAAUGCAGAAAUACAA